UUCCUCUUCCAAACCACGUGGGCGCGCUGGGCACUGCCGCGGGCUGUCCGCGGCGCCGCGAUCGCAGCAGCGCCGAGGGGGCGGCCGGGCGGCAGCAUGGCGAGCCAGCCGCACUCUCUCAGCUACGUGGGCUGCAACUUUUUGCGGCCGCGGCUGGUGCUGUCCACGCUGAGCGGGAGGCCGGUGAAAAUCCGCAAGAUCCGGGCGAAGGAGGAGAACCCCGGCCUCAGAGAUUUUGAAGCAAGUUUUAUACGACUGAUUGACAAAGUGACCAAUGGCUCUAGGAUUGAGAUAAACCAAACAGGUACUACCCUAUAUUAUCAGCCUGGCCUUCUGUCCGGGGGGGUGUUGGAACAUGACUGCAGCCCCCACCGUAGUAUUGGCUAUUAUUUGGAAAGUCUGCUCUGCUUGGCACCUUUCAUGAAACAUCCAUUAAGAAUCGUCCUAAGAGGAGUAACAAACGAUCAAGUAGACCCUUCAGUGGAUGUACUUAAGGCCACAGCUCUGCCCUUGCUGAAAAAAUUUGGAAUCGAUGGUGAAGGUUUUGAACUGAAGGGUGGGGGAGAAAUGCCAAGAUUGAGUGGAAGAGGUUGGAAGAUGGCAAUAAUAGUCAUUCUCCUUCCUCUCCAGGUUCUCCUGCCUCUCCCAAAAAAGAUAACUAGAAGAGGAAUGCCCCCCAAAGGAGGUGGGGAGGUGAUAUUUGCCUGUCCAGUUAGGAAAGUCUUGCGACCCAUUCAGUUCACAGACCCUGGCAAAAUCAAACGGAUCAGAGGAACCGCGUAUUCUGUCAGAGUGUCGCCACAGAUAGCAAACAGAAUCGUGGAUUCAGCAAGAAGCAUCCUAAAUAAGUUUAUACCAGAUAUUUAUAUCUACACAGAUCACAUGAAAGGGACCAGUUCUGGAAAGUCUCCAGGUUUUGGCCUGUCCCUUGUCGCAGAAACCACAAAUGGCACUUUUCUGGGUGCUGAACUGGCAUCUAAUCCCCAGGGCCAGGGAACUGCUGUACUCCCAGAAGAACUCGGCCUGAACUGUGCAAAGCUGCUGCUUGAGGAGAUUUACAGAGGAGGCUGUGUGGAUUCAACAAACCAGAGCCUAGUUCUGCUCCUCAUGACCCUUGGACAGCAGGAUGUUUCCAAAGUCCUACUAGGACCUCUGUCUCCGUACACAAUUGAGUUUCUGCGACAUUUGAGAAGCUUCUUCCAGAUUAUGUUCAAAAUUGAAACCAAGCCAUCUCACGAAGAGCUCCAGGGUGGAGAGAAAGUCUUAAUGACAUGCGUUGGCAUUGGAUUUUCCAACCUUAGCAAGAUAAUCAAAUGAUGAAGCAUGUGCAGCUUUUACGAAAAUUUGACGUCAAAACGAGUACAGCAGAGAUGUAGUUUAGCAUCAUACGUACAAGAUGGUUGGCCUCUUCUCCUUCUUUCCCCCCAGACUAAUGUGGUGGUGGUUGUACGCAACUGUCUUUAAAAGUAUUGACAGUUUUACCUUUUUAUGGAAGCGUUAAGGAAGGAGACCUUAACAAAGAUGACCAAAAAGAGAAUUGCUGAGCAAAUAAUUUGUCAGAAUGUGUGUGGGGUGGGGGGAAUUACGGAGCCCUAUCAAAGAAAUAGCAACAUUGAAAUAAACUGAACUCAAACUAGAGCAAUAGUUGUGUUUAAGUUGUACAUAUACAGAAUUUGUCAAAAGCCUCAAUACUGAAAACACUUACGUACAUAAUGUUAUGCAUAUGAGUAGUUGCAUGGCCCUUCAUGGAACUAUUUGCAUUUAUGAGGUCAAGUGUGUACAUAAGUGUUUGCAGGAUCAAGGUCUGAAUCUUGAGUGGGCAUUAGAUAAGGACCAUAAGACAGUGGAAAAUCUCUUACUGAUGUUAUGGACUUUGUUCAAGCUCAGUGAACUCCUGGUAUGGGAAUAUAGAAGAAAUAUCUGCCAUUUAACUUUUUUUAAAAUUAGAAUAUGUAAAAGAUGUUUGCCUAUACUGAUGUAAUUCAACUUUCUUGCUCCUGGAGGCAGGGGGGAGAUCUUUUGACUAGGUAUCUGAUUUGUAAAUUGUUUUAUUUCAGAUCCUUUAUUUUGCUGUUAGAAAAAUUGUGUGGGUUUGUUUGCUUAUACAGUAUUCCAAACACUCCAAAACAGGACUGUUCUGAUCAUUUGGGAAAUGUGGCAACACAAUUGCAUAACCACAGAGUUUUGGUGGACUAAAUGUAUCACAUCUGGGUAUUGUCGUGUGUGGCAGCAAUCUUCGUGGAUGAGGAGUUUGGUUGGGGUUCCUUUUUUAAUGUCUGGGUAUCUUUCAAAUUUCCAAAUGAUGAAAUAUCCCAUCAGGAAAGAUUUUUUUCACACAGCAGAAGUAAGUGGUAGAUGCUAGUGCACGUAUGUUAGUUUACUAUUGGACUGUUUUUAUACAAGGAAAAAGUAUUAAGCACAUGGCCACAAAUUGAAGUAGUUUUCCUCAGAAUGACAACCAAUGAGGAUGACUAAUUUAAAAUAAAACUAUUUCAAAAACUGUACCACUGGCUGUUACAAUGGUCAUAAUUCUUUAUAAACUAUAUUGAUGCAAUAUGCUGUGAUUGAUAUAGUAUUACACCAUUAGAAGAUCAUGAGAAUGCAUCCUUAUCCAUUACCGUUGUAAGAAAUGCAUCUGUAACAUGAUAGGUUCAUGUUGGACCCACAUAGGAAUUCAGCGGAAGGCUAGGUAUAUGAUUAAUAGUGUGCUGUAAAUUAUUGGAGGCAACAAUACUCAUUAUGUACUGCACUUGAAAUUCUGUGUUUGUAGCAAUCUGCCUACACAUUUAUUUAGAAAAAUAAAAUUGUAUAGAUUUUUCUAAA